AUGGCAAUUACCCUCGUCGAUACAAUCUCACCUGUUGAUUACAUCAAUAAUCGGAUCUUUUCGACCAAGUCCAUCAAAGACCAUGGCGUUGUAUUCAACCAUGACGACAAUGCCCACUACAGCCAUGUCUGUCCCAAGCAGCUGAUUGGCGACGCCCUUCGCCAGCGCGUCGAGAACAUCGAUCACGAGUUCUGCGAGCCUGGCGAUGAGGAUACCUUCUUCGUUGCUGACCUCGGCGAGGUCUACCGCCAGCAUCUGCGGUGGAAGCUCAACCUCCCGCGCGUCAAGCCUUUCUACGCCGUCAAGUGCAACCCGGACACCCAGCUGCUGCGCCUCCUGGCCAGCCUGGGCACAGGCUUCGACUGCGCUUCCAAGACGGAGAUUGAGCAGGUGCUCAACCUGGGAGUCAGCCCUGAGCGUGUCAUCUACGCCCAGCCGUGCAAGACCAACUCGUACGUCCGCUACGUCGCCAACGCUGGCGUCCGCCAGAUGACCUUUGACAACGCCGACGAGCUGCGCAAGAUCGCCAAGCUGUUCCCGGAGGCUGAGCUCUUCCUGCGUAUCCAUACCGACGAUUCUUCCAGCCUCUGCCGGUUGAGCCUGAAGUUUGGCGCCUCCAUGGACAUGACCGAUGGCCUGCUGCGCACCGCGCGAGACCUCGGGUUGAACGUUGUCGGCGUGAGCUUCCACGUCGGGUCCGGGGCUUCUGACCCCAGGGCCUUCCUCAAGGCCGUGCAAGACGCGCACGCCGUCUUCCAGCAGGGCACCGACUACGGCUUCGAGAUGAAGACCUUGGACGUGGGUGGCGGCUUCUGCAGCGACUCCACCUUUGAGGGAAUGGCUGGUGUCCUCCGCGCCGCACUCGACGAAUACUUCCCGGCACACUCGGGUAUCAACCUGAUUGCUGAGCCUGGCCGGUUCUACGCCUCGACAGCGUUCACGCUGGCCUGCAACAUCAUUGCGCGGCGAACCGUCGAGAACCAGCCCGGCGACGACAACAGCUACAUGGUGUACGUCAACGAUGGCGUCUAUGGCAAUUUCAGCAGCAUCAUGUUCGACCACCAGAACCCGGUCGCCCACGUCUUGCAGGCCGGGGGCCAGAACUACUACGACACCAAUGCUGGCCGACCUGUGACGGCGGGCGGAAUGGAGUACAGCAUCUGGGGCCCGACCUGCGACGGCAUUGACCGCAUCAGCGAAAGCAUUCGAUUCAACCAGACGUUGGAUGUCGGUGACUGGCUGUACUUCGAGGACAUGGGCGCUUACACCAAGUGCUCUGCCACUCGCUUCAACGGCUUCUCGGACAACCAUGACGUGAUCUACGUCUGUAGCGAGCCUGGUGCUUUGGCGGUCCUGGAGAAUGGCAUUUGA